UAGGUGUAAAAGUUGUUGUAGUUGUAAAAUCGUUGUAUAUUUUUUUAAUAUAGUGUUGAACACGUGAUCUACUCGGUCUGCAUAUAAAGUGCAAUAUUGCCUAAUUAGGAAAUAUAAUUACAAACGCGUCCAGCAUUCAUCAAAAUUGAAAAAUUAUCAAUCAACUCCUUGCAACAUCCCAUUGAUUAGAUUCAUUCAAUUAUAACUGUUUUCUUGUUUUUUAUUUUAUUUUGAGUUAGAUCGUUACUAUCAAGUCAAUUCCAUUCAUUUACAUCAAGUCAAGUCAAUACUAAUUCAAUAUGUCGACUACUACGGCUACGGUGUUACCUUCUAUCCAAUUAAAAGUCAAUUAUAAUGAAAUUAAAGAUAUUGUAAAGGACUUCUUACAAUCAUUCAAAGAUUCCACCAUCGAUAUUGAUGAUUUAGAUCUUGAUGAUGAAACUCCAUUACAUGGUGCCAAAUAUAUGAAUAUACUUCAAAAAGUAGCUAAUCGUGAUGAAACUUCUGUUUUAAUUGAAUUUGAUGAUUUAAAAAGUUAUCUUUCUAAUUAUGAACCAAGUGGUAAUUCAAGUUCUCAAUAUUCAACUACUUCUCAUACUUUAUUAUCAACGAUUUUGAAUAAUACUUAUAGAUAUAAUGAAUUGUUCUCCAAGAUUAUCGAUGAUAUCAUGCCUGAACCAACUAAAGAUAUAAGUUAUAAAGAUGAUGUAUUAGAUGUUAUUUUACAUCAAAGAAAAUUAAGAAAUUUAAGAUUACAACAAGAAUCAAAUGAUGAAUUCAAUCAUUUAAGAGAAGGAUUAUCCAAUCCUGAUGAUAAUACGUUUGGUAAUUCAAGUCAAGUUCCUCAAGAUCCUUCAAAUGGAUUCCCAGCUAAAUUAACUCGUCGUUAUAAUCUUUAUUUCAAACCUUUAUCCUAUGACAAUGGAAAUACUAAACCAGCUUUAUCAGUAAGACUAAUCAAAGGUGCUCAUGUGGGUCAUUAUAUCACUGUAAGAGGGAUCGUCACUAGAGUUUCUGAUGUUAAACCAAAUAUUUUAGUCAAUGCUUAUACUUGUGAUAAAUGUGGUUAUGAAAUUUUUCAAGAGGUAAAUUCAAAGACUUUUACUCCAUUGUCUGAAUGUGAUUCUGCUGCUUGUAAAACUAAUAACAACAAGGGACAAUUAUUCAUGUCCACCAGGGCUUCGAAAUUCUCGAGUUUUCAGGAAGUUAAGAUUCAAGAACUCCUGAAUCAAGUCCCUGUUGGUAAUAUUCCUCGUACUUUAACCAUUCAUGUUAAUGGAGAUUUAGUUCGUGCUUUAAAACCAGGUGAUACUGCUGAUAUUUCAGGUAUUUUCAUGCCUUCUCCAUAUACCGGAUUCAGAGCUUUAAAAGCAGGGUUAUUGACUGAAACUUAUUUAGAAGCUCAAUACAUUCAUCAAUUUAAAAAACAAUAUGAUCCAAAACAUAUCUCCAAUGAAUUCCAACGUGAAAUUGAUCAAUUAUGUGAUCAAGGUGAUGUUUAUAAUAAAUUAGCUAAAUCUAUUGCCCCUGAAAUUUAUGGUCAUUUAGAUAUUAAAAAAAUCUUAUUAUUAUUACUUUGUGGAGGGGUCACCAAAGAAAUUGGUGAUGGUUUGAAAAUUAGAGGUGAUAUAAAUGUUUGUCUUAUGGGGGAUCCAGGGGUGGCUAAAUCUCAAUUAUUAAAAGCCAUUAGUAAAAUCGCUCCAAGAUGUGUUUAUACUACUGGUAGAGGUUCAUCUGGUGUUGGUUUGACUGCAGCUGUCAUGAGAGAUCCAAUCACUGAUGAAAUGGUUUUAGAAGGUGGUGCUUUGGUUCUUGCUGAUAAUGGUAUUUGUUGUAUUGAUGAAUUCGAUAAAAUGGAUGAAAGUGAUAGAACUGCCAUUCAUGAAGUUAUGGAACAACAAACCAUUUCUAUUUCUAAAGCUGGUAUAACUACUACUUUAAAUGCUAGAACAUCAAUCUUAGCUGCUGCUAAUCCUUUAUAUGGUAGAUAUAAUACCAGAUUAUCUCCUCAUGAAAAUAUUAAUUUACCUGCUGCUUUAUUAUCAAGAUUUGAUAUCAUGUUCCUUAUUUUGGAUCAACCAUCUCGUGAUAAUGAUGAAAGAUUAGCUAACCAUGUGGCUUAUGUCCAUAUGCAUAAUAAACAACCAGAUAUGGAUUUCGAACCAUUGAAUUCCGCCACUAUAAGAGAAUAUAUUUCAAGAGCUAGAAGUUUUAGACCAACUGUUCCAAAGGAAGUAGGUGAUUAUGUGGUUCAAUCUUAUAUUAAUAUGAGAAAAGAAUCUCAUAGAAAUGAAGAUUCUAUUAAGAAAUUCAGUCAUAUUACUCCAAGAACUUUAUUAGGUAUAUUACGUAUGGCUCAAGCUUCUGCUAGAUUAAGAUUUGAUGAUGUGGUAACAAUGGAUGAUGUUGAUGAAGCACUUCGUUUAAUUCAAGUAUCAAAAUCUUCCUUAUAUAAUGAAGAAGAAAGAAUUCGUGAAGAUGAAUCUGCCACUACAAAGAUUUAUCAAUUAAUUAAAUCAAUUGCUGAAAAUAAUGGUAGAGGUUUCCAAAGAUCAUUACAAUUAUCAGAACUUAAGGAUAGAGUCAUCGGGAAGGGGUUCAGUAUUGAUCAAUACGCCGAUUGUUUGCAAGAGUACCAAAACAUUGGUAUAUGGCAAACUAUUGAUAAUGAUCUGACCUUGCUUUUCCUUAUGGCUGAUGAUGAAGAUAAUUUUGAUGAUAGUGAUGAAAAUAUGGAAUAGAUUAUAUGAUCUACAUCAUUCUUCUCCUCUAUUUGUAAUUGUAUAUUAACUUUGUAAAAUUUGUAAUAUUUAAUAAAUUUUUAUCUAACU